CCAGUUGAACAUUUCUCCCUUCUUUUUUUUGUUUACGUUUGCACCGCAAAAAUUCGUGCAACUGCACUCGCAACUUUGUGUCGCAACGGCUGCCGGUGUCGAGGGCUGCGGUAUCUCAAGUGCCCCCCCAAAAAACGGAAGGAAGUGCUGGCGGUUUUUUGUAUUUCUUCCAAAGUUUUCUUCCAAAAAAAUAUUUUUCGUUCUUGUUUUUCGUCGCCUGCCUUUGAUCAGCAGUUGUGUAUCGCUAUCCUAUCUCGCUCGCACUAAUAGCGGCAAAAGCCUGGUUAACCAUAAACCUGGCCAAGAAGAAGAAGAAGCAGCAGUAACAAAGCAGCGGCAGCAGCAGUGGCAGCAGCAGCAGCAGCGCAGCAGCAGAAUCAGUAGCAGUAGCAACAGCGGCAUUUGAACCAAAAAAUUCUUGUGCUUUGAUUUCAUUUGUUCUGUUACGGUUCUCGGUGGUGUUUUUUCUUCUUCUUCUUCUUCUUAUUUUUGGCCGAGACUCUCUCUUCUCUCCAGAAUCUAGACACGUCAACAAAUAGCUGGUCCCCAGCUGGCCCAUUAGAGAAUUGGAGAACAUCGCGCGAGAGAGAGAGAGAUCCGAUAGAGGAAGAUGCGCGUAAGCAAUAUUCGCAGUGGACGGAUCUGCCGGUUGGCCCUGUGCCUCUUGGUUAUCCUACCGCUACUGUAUCUUUUGGCCAACUGGAGUGAUCAUCAUAAGCGGGUCCAGGAGGCAUAUCACACCCGGUUCGGUGGGCCAAAGUUUGCCCAUCAGCGGCUCGAGGGCCGGCCCAAGGAGACCCCCAAACUGGUCGAGGGCCUGGGUAACUUUGAGCCCAAAGAUCUGACGCCACGUACCGGACCCGGUGAGAAUGGCGAGGCCCACAAUCUCUCCAAGGACAAGAAGAACAAGGCGGAUGCCUCCGAAAUGGAAUAUGGAAUGAAUAUCGCCUGCUCCGAUGAGAUCUCGAUGCAUCGCACCGUCAAGGAUACCCGACUGGAGGAGUGUCGUCAUUGGGAUUAUCCCUAUGAUCUGCCCAAGACCAGUGUCAUCAUUGUCUUCCACAACGAAGGCUUCUCCGUACUGAUGCGUACCGUCCACUCGGUGAUCGAUCGUUCGCCCAGCCAUAUUCUCCACGAAAUCAUCCUGGUGGAUGACUUCUCCGACAAGGAGAAUCUGGGCGCUCAGCUGGACACGUAUGUGGAGCAGUUCAAGGGCCUGGUCAAGGUGAUAAGGAAUAAGGAGCGAGAGGGAUUGAUUCGGACCAGGUCGCGAGGUGCCACCGAGGCCACGGGUGAGGUCAUCGUUUUCCUGGACGCCCAUUGCGAAGUGAACCUCAACUGGCUGGCUCCUCUGCUGGCGCCCAUCUACCGCGACCGGACCGUGAUGACAGUGCCCAUUAUCGAUGGCAUCGAUCACAAGAACUUCGAAUACCGUCCCGUCUAUGGCACCGAGACCCACUUCCGCGGCAUCUUCGAGUGGGGCAUGCUGUACAAGGAGAACGAGGUGCCGCGUCGCGAGCAACGUCGUCGCAGCCACAAUUCGGAACCAUAUCGGAGUCCCACCCAUGCCGGUGGUCUGUUUGCCAUCAACCGGGAGUACUUCCUGGAGCUAGGAGCCUACGAUCCGGGUCUGUUGGUGUGGGGCGGCGAGAACUUUGAGCUGAGCUUCAAGAUCUGGCAGUGCGGCGGCAGUAUCGAGUGGGUGCCCUGCUCCCGGGUGGGCCACGUCUAUCGCGGCUUCAUGCCCUACAACUUCGGCAAGCUGGCCAGCAAGAAGAAGGGUCCCCUGAUCACCAUCAACUACAAGCGUGUGAUCGAGACCUGGUUCGAUGACACCCACAAGGAGUACUUCUACACGAGGGAGCCGCUGGCCCGCUACCUGGACAUGGGCGACAUCAGCGAGCAGCUGGCCCUAAAGAAGCGUCUCAACUGCAAGAGCUUCCAGUGGUUCAUGGAUCACAUUGCCUACGAUGUGUACGACAAGUUCCCAGGGCUGCCGGCCAACCUCCACUGGGGCGAACUCCGGUCCGUGGCAUCGGACGGAUGCCUGGACUCGAUGGGCCUCCAGCCGCCGGCCAUUAUGGGUCUGACCUACUGUCAUGGCGGUGGAAACAAUCAGCUGGUGCGGUUGAAUGCCGCCGGGCAGCUGGGCGUUGGAGAGCGAUGUGUGGAGGCGGAUCGGCAGGGCAUCAAGCUGGCGGUCUGCCGGCUGGGCACUGUGGACGGUCCCUGGCAAUAUAAUGAGCACACCAAGCACCUGAUGCACCGCGUCCACAAAAAGUGCAUGGCCCUGCAUCCGGUCACCCAGCAGCUGGCGCUGGGACACUGCGAUGUCAACGAUAGCUACCAGCAGUGGUGGUUCAAGGAGAUACGUCCUCGGUGGUAAGUUCAGGUCGGAUAAGGAUAUCGAGAGGAUCGACAAGGACGGGAUCAUAAAGGGUUUCAAAGCCGGGGCACGGGGGGACGAUAUUUUAGAAAAAAAAAAGAAAAACAAAAAACAA